GUUUUUAUUAAUUGCCCACAAAUGCAUUCUCAUGAACGUCAUCAAUUCAUUCACCCAUCCUUCAGUCAAAUCUGAAAAUCGUACUAUUCGCCCUUUUUUAUUUUAGUUGGUCAAAUCUUAUGUCCCUGUUCUCUCUUACUCAUCAUCUUUCUUUUCUUUUCUUCUACUCUGCCUUUGGUAUUGGACCUGGAUACUCUCCGUAAUUAGUUUCCUGGAGCCAUAGCUGCCGCUAUGAAAUUUCCAUCCUUGUGUCAAUUAGUAUAUAUGCUGAAUUUGUGCAGGCAUUGGAUUUUUCAUUGGCUCGGCCGGAGAAUAAUGGGAGCCGUUUGCUCGGCCGGGACGGUUGAGAGAAACGAAGAAUUUGGAAUGAAAAAUUUGGGGUUUUCCGGAAAGCUAAAGAAGGAAAAGAGUUUUACUAACCGAGAAGGGGAUUCCUCUCCGGCUUCCUGCAAAAAAGAUCAUCGAAAAAAGCAAAAGAAGAGAGAUUCUGAUGAGCUAUAUUUGUCGUUUUCCAGGGAACUGAAGUCAUCGACUCCAACUCGAACAGCGGCAUGGAAGGUCACCCAGAGAGGCUCCUUCUUGGGAAAAGCUGGCGAGAGGGCAGUAGAAGUUCUUGACUCACUUGGAAGUAGCAUGCCAAAAUUGAAUACCAGUACUGGGUUUUCCUCUAGCAUUCCUUCUAGAGGGAAUAAAAUAUCUAUAUUGGCGUUUGAAGUAGCUAAUACAAUAACCAAAGGAGCACUUUUAUUUCAAUCACUUUCAGAAGAGAACAUUCAGAUCCUUAAAAAAGAGAUUUUACAAUCUGAAGGGUUGCAACACCUAGUUUCCACUGAUAUGAAGGAGUUAUUAAGUCUUGCUGAAGCUGACAAAAGGGAAGAAUUUAAUGUCUUCUCACGGGAAGUAGCUAGAUUUGGGGAUGCAUGUAAGGAUCCCCAAUGGCACAACCUCGAUCGAUAUUUCUCAAGAUUGGAUUUGGAAGCCUUCAGUGGCAAACAACCUAGGGCAGAUGCAGAAAAGACAAUGCAGGAGUUGACCACUCUAGCACAGCAUACCGCUGAAUUAUACCAUGAAUUAAAUGCUUUUGACCGGUUUGAACAAGAUUAUCGACAGAAGAUUAAGGAAAUGGAGUCCUUAAAUCUUCCCCUGAAAGGGGAGAGUAUCACAAUUUUUCAGAGUGAGCUCAAGCAUCAAAAAAAGAUUGUAAGGAGCUUGAAAAACAAGUCUUUUUGGUCUCGAAAUUUGGAGGAGAUAGUUGAAAAGCUCGUUGAUAUUGUGAUCUAUAUGCAUCAAGCAAUUUCUGAGUUACUUGGAAAUUAUGGUACAUCUGUUGCUGCUGUCAAUAACGGUAAGGGUCCUCAAAGACUUGGUGAUGCUGGUCUUGCACUGCACUAUGCUAAUAUUACCAGUCAGAUAAAUGUGAUUGCAUCUCGCCCAACUUUUGUUCAGCCUAAUACGAGGGACACAUUAUAUCACGCGUUACCCAAUAAUAUCAAGGCUUCUCUUCCAUCCCGGUUGCAAAUUAUUGAUUCCAAGGAGAUCCCCAUUGCUCAGGUCAAAGCUGAAAUUGACAAAACUCUUCAAUGGCUUGUUCCACUAGCUACAAAUACAAUCAAAGCACAUCAAGGUUUUGGAUGGGUUGGUGAAUGGGCAAAUAAAAGUAAUGAGUUUGGAGAUGAUCCAGUCAGAGAAAGUAAUGUAAUCCGCCUCCAGACUCUUCACUAUGCGGAUAAACAGAUGAUGGAUGUCCACCUUCUUGAAUUAUUAACUCUGCUGCACCAGUUGAUGAGUAUUGGAAGAUACAGACAGGAUGCCAUGAAGCCAAUGGCCAAUCGAUCUCCUCUGAAGGGGCUUGAUUUCCAGUCGAAAAUACAGCAUUGGAUAUCUAUAGACGGUAGUAGGAAAACGAUGGGAAUGAAACUAUCUCAAGAGGAUAGGAGUUUGUUAGAGGAGGUGAUGGCGAGGAAGAGGACUCCAGGAGUCAGCAGAAGCGAGGAUUUAGCGUUGGCCAGCAAAAAAGAAGGUUUAGGCAGAGGUUGGCGGUCCAGCAGGAGCGUUGGAAGUUCGCCCAAUAAUGACUCGGAUACCAGACUGCGCUGGGACCUCCAGAGCUCUACCUGUUUGGAUAUUUUGGAUGGCUUGACAUUUUGAAAGCUUUCCUCUUCCAACUCUUUUCUAGUCCUCUUUCUUCUAGCCUUCAACGAAAUUCUUUCUAUAGCUAAUAUUGAUUAUUCCUGUACAUAUCUAUAUAGGCAUAGGCAUAGGCAUAUCUAUCAAUGCCCACAAAUUUUUUUUCUCUCCAGAGAAUAGUUGAAUUGGGGAUACUAAAAUUAUACAUACCUAUUUUUCUUUUUA